AUGCAGUUCUUCGGCCGCCUGGUCAACACCCUCAGUAGUGUCACCAACUUGUUCUCUAACCCAUUCCGGGUGAAGGAGGUGUCCAUGGCAGACUACAACGUGAGCAGCCGGGUUCAGGAGGAAGGACAGCUGGUUCUGUUCCAGAGCAUUCCCAGUCGCGCCUGGGACUGUGUCCUGGUCAACCCCAGGAACCCGCAGAGUGGAUUCCGGCUCUUCCAGCUGCAGACGGAGGCCGAAGCGCUGGGGCACUUCCAGCAGUACUCUAACCAGCUGCCGCCCUUCUACGAGAGCUCGCUCCAGGUGCUGCACGUGGAGGUCCUGCAGCAGCUCACCGACCUCAUCCGCAACCACCCCAGCUGGUCGGCGGCCCACCUGGCGGUGGAGCUGGGCAUCCGCGAGUGCUUCCACCACAGUCGCGUCGUCAGCUGUGCCAACAGCAUCGAGAAUGAGGAGGGCUGCACGCCCCUGCACCUGGCGUGCCGCAAGGGAGAUGGGGAGACCCUGGUGGAGCUGGUGCAGUACUGCCACGCCCAACUGGACGUCACCGACAACAACGGAGAGACGGCCUUUCACUACGCUGUCCAGGGUGACAACCCCCAGGUGCUGCAGCUCCUAGGCAAGAGCGCGUCGGCCGGCCUGAACCAGGUCAACAACCAAGGGCUCACCCCACUGCACCUGGCCUGCCAGAUGGGGAAGCAGGAAAUGGUACGUGUGCUGUUGCUCUGCAAUGCCCGCUGCGGCGUCAUGGGCCCCACCGGCUACCCCAUCCACACCGCCAUGAAGUUCUCCCAGAAAGCGUAAGUCAUCAUCGCAAGAGCUUUCCAGAGGCCCAGUCCCCGGAGGCCUAUGCGGGAGGAGGGGGAAAUGGCCCGCAUGCUGUUGAAGCGGGGCUGCGACGUGAACAGCACCAGCUCGGCAGGGAACACAGCCCUACACGUGGCUGUGAUGCGCAACCGCUUCGAGUGUGUCAUGGUGUUGCUGACCUACGGGGCCAAAGCCAAUGCCCGUGGGGAACACGGCAACACCCCGCUGCACCUGGCCAUGUCGAAAGACAAUGUGGAGAUGAUUAAGGCCCUCAUUGUCUUUGGAGCAGAGGUGGACACCCCAAACAACCUUGGGGAGACUCCUGCAUUCAUUGCCUCCAGGAUCAGCAAACUUGUCACCAGGAAGAUGCUUUUAGCUCUGCUGAGAACCAUAGGGGCUGACUACAGCUUCCCACUCAUCCCAGGGGUCUGCGUGGAGCAGGGCCCCACAGCAUCGCAGCACCCCAUCUUCUCCCUGGAAAGAGCUCAGCCCCCGUCAGUCAGCCUAAGCAACCUAGAGCUGCAAGACCUCACGCACAUCUCCCGGGGCCGGAAGCCCACCUUCAUCCUGAGCUCCCUGCGGGACGAGAAGCGCAGCCACGACCGCCUGCUCUGCCUAGACGGAGGGGGUGUGAAGGGACUUGUCAUCAUCCAGCUCCUCAUCGCCAUCGAGAAGGCCUCGGGCAUCGCCACCAAGGACCUCUUUGACUGGGUGGCCGGGACCAGCACGGGGGGCAUCCUGGCCCUGGCCAUUUUGCAUGGCAAGUCCAUGGCCUACAUGCGUGGCGUGUACUUUCGCAUGAAGGACGAGGUGUUCCGCGGUUCGCGGCCCUACGAGUCGGGGCCUCUGGAGGAGUUUCUGAAGCGGGAGUUUGGGGAGCACACCAAGAUGACAGACGUUAAGAAACCCAAGGUGAUGCUGACAGGGACCCUGUCUGACCGGCAGCCGGCCGAACUCCAUCUCUUCCGGAACUACGAUGCCCCGGAGUGCAUACGGGAGCCGCGGUUCAGCCAGAAUGCUAACCUGAAGCCUCCAACCCAGCCCUCAGAACAGCUGGUGUGGAGGGCAGCCCGCAGCAGCGGGGCCGCCCCCACCUAUUUCCGGCCCAACGGCCGCUUCCUGGAUGGUGGGCUGCUGGCCAACAACCCCACGCUGGACGCCAUGACUGAGAUCCACGAGUACAACCAGGACAUGAUCCGCAAGGGUCAGGGCCACAAGGUGAAGAAACUCUCCAUCGUCGUCUCCCUGGGGACAGGGAGGUCCCCUCAAGUGCCCGUGACCUGUGUGGAUGUCUUCCGUCCCAGCAAUCCCUGGGAACUGGCCAAGACUGUUUUUGGGGCCAAGGAACUGGGAAAGAUGGUGGUGGACUGUUGCACGGAUCCGGACGGGCGGGCCGUGGACCGGGCCCGGGCCUGGUGCGAGAUGACGGACAUCCAGUAUUUCAGAUUGAACCCCCAGCUGGGGACGGACAUCAUGCUGGACGAGGUCAGCGAUGCGGUGCUGGUCAGCGCCCUCUGGGAGACGGAGGUCUACAUCCACGAGCACCGGGAACGGUUCCAGAAGCUCACCCAGCUGCUGCUGGAGCCCUGA